UAAUCCUCCUCCUCCUCCUCCUCAUAUAAUGUCUGUUCUCCUACUAUGACUAAUAUCGAUCAAGCUAUGUCCGUCACCUCCAAGACAUAUACUAAAAGAACCUCUAUAUUUGACCGUAAUCUUAACCGUAUAAGAGGUGCUGAGAUCAGCCAAGCUGCUUUUUCCUUUUUAUUUGCGGAGAUAGUUAGGUAUACGCAGAAGAGGGUUGACGGGAUGUGUGAGCUGGAGAAGAGACUUAAUGGACAAGGUUAUAAGGUUGGACAGAAGUUAUUAGAACUCGUGAAUUGGCGGGAGAAGAAAUAUAGAAGGGAAACGAAGGUGUUAGGGAUUCUACAGUUUAUAUUUUCUAGUGUAUGGAGGGCGCUUUUUAAUAAACAAGCAGAUGCACUUGAAAAGAGCAGAGAGAAUGAGGAUGAAUAUAUGAUAGUAGACAAUGAACCUAUGGUGAAUAAAUAUAUAUCAGUUCCUAAAGAAAUGGGAUAUUUUGAUUGUGCGUCAUUUGUAGCGGGGAUUGUAGAGGCUAUUAUGGAUGGAUCUCAGUUUCCAUCGAAGGUGACGGCGCAUUCGGUACCGAUACAGGGGUUUCCUAAUAGGACGGUAAUACUUAUUAAGGUAGAUGAGAGGGUUUUAGAGAGGGAGCGAUAUAUAAAGUAGGGGGGGAGAGAGAGGAGGGAGAGAGGAGAGAGAGGUGUAUUUAGAGUAGAGUAUAUAUUAUGUAGACGUAGAUGUAGAUGUAGAAGUAGAAGUAGGGGUAGAAGUAGGGGUAGGGGUAGAAGUAGAGGUAUAAUAUUAUCUAUUUAAUAUCUAUCCAACA